AUGGGGCGUGGGACCCUGAGGCCACGUGGCGAUUUAACCACAGCUUCUUCGGGCGUGUCUUUUACGGCUUUCGGCUUCGGCCUUCAACACUGUGGUCGCGAGAUCGAGAGGAUUCUGCCUUUGCAGCUUUCCUUUUGUUUUCAGGAAGGCGAAAUGCUCGACGAAACGGUAGGCGCCAGGGCCGAAAGGAAGUCCCCUCAAUCAGCUUAUGACCGUGAUUUAUUAGGAACAAACAUUGCCCCCACAUCCCUGGAUUCUUCGGUUGCGGACAGGGCAGAGGCCGAAAGGAUUCCAAGGGAUGGACCCUUUGCAUUCCCCCUGAAGUGA